AUGGAGAACGGCACAGAAGGCAAGAACUUCUACAUCCCCAUGAACAACAGGACGGGGCUUGUCAGGAGUCCUUUCGAAUAUUCACAGUACUACCUGGCAGAUCCAUGGCAAUUCAAACUUUUGGCCUUGUACAUGUUUUUCCUGAUCUGCACUGGAUUCCCCAUCAACUUCCUGACACUGCUGGUCACGGCGCAGAACAAGAAGCUCCGACAGCCUCUCAACUUUAUCCUGGUUAACUUGGCUGUGGCUGGACUCAUCAUGGUCGUCUUUGGAUUCACAGUUACCAUUUACUCUUGCCUCAACGGCUAUUUCUCCAUGGGACCCAUGGCCUGCACUAUCGAGGGAUUCAUGGCCACACUCGGAGGUCAAGUGUCUCUGUGGUCUCUCGUGGUUCUUGCCGUUGAGCGAUACAUCGUGGUCUGUAAACCCAUGGGCAGCUUCAAAUUCACAGCCACCCACUCUGCGAUAGGCUGCGGCUUCACCUGGAUGAUGGCUUGUGCCUGUGCCGUUCCCCCUCUGUUCGGCUGGUCCAGGUACAUCCCUGAGGGUAUCCAGGUCUCAUGCGGACCUGACUACUACACUCUGGCUCCAGGCUACAACAACGAAUCCUAUGUGAUGUACAUGUUCAGCUGCCACUUCUGUGUUCCAGUCUUCCUCAUUUUCUUCACCUAUGGCAGCCUUGUGCUGACAGUCAAAGCCGCUGCAGCCCAGCAGCAGGACUCUGCAUCCACCCAGAAGGCUGAGAAGGAAGUGACACGUAUGUGCAUCCUGAUGGUGAUGGGCUUCCUCUUUGCCUGGACCCCAUAUGCCAGCUUUGCCGCAUGGAUCUUUUUCAACAAGGGAGCUGCCUUCUCAGCCAUCUCCAUGGCCGUCCCUGCUUUCUUCUCAAAGAGCUCAGCUUUGUUCAAUCCCAUUAUCUACAUUCUGAUGAACAAACAGUUCCGUAACUGCAUGCUGAGCACUAUUGGAAUGGGCGGCAUGGUGGAGGAUGAGACCUCAGUAUCUACCAGCAAGACAGAAGUCUCCUCCGUGUCCUAA